AUGGCCCCCUCCAGCCUCCAGCAGAACGGCCACGACACCUUUGACAAAGCCAUGCUAAACCACGAGAAUGCCUUUCCCACUCCACCUACCUUUGAUUCCCAGCUGGAGGAAAGGGACUACCUCAAGUUUCGCCUUGCUCAAGCGUUUCGCAUUUUCGGUAACUUUGGGUAUAACGAAGGAGUUGCUGGUCAUAUUACCGUCCGUGACCCUAUCAGACCGGAUUGCUUCUGGGUCAACCCUUUCCCCUCCGAUUUGUUACUUGUUGAUCACCGAGGCAAAGUCCAAGAUGAGUCAGGCCCCAAAAGGUUGCUCAACACCGCUGCGUAUAUGAUCCACUCCGCGAUACAUACCGCACGGCCCGAUGUCCUGUGUGCGGCACACACACACUCGAUCCAUGGAAAGGCCUUCUCCGCCCUUGGGAAGCCCCUGGACAUGCUGACUCAGGACACAUGUGCUUUUUACAACGACCAUGCCCUCUACAACCAGUUCAAGGGUAUCGUUCUAGAGGCUGAAGAAGGCCAGCACAUCGCAGCAGCUCUCGGCAACAAAAAGGCUGCUAUCUUGCAAAACCAUGGCCUCCUGGUCGCCACGAACACGAUUGAAGCGACAGUCUUCUUUUACAUCGCUCUCGAGAAGGCCUGUCAGGUGCAGCUGUUGGCGGAUGCAGCGGCGGCCGGGUCCGGGCAAGCGACGGUAAAAAUUACUCCAGAAGACGCUAUCUGCACGUACAAGACCAAUGGCUCCCUGAGGGCAGGGUGGUUUCAAGGGUUGCCUGAGUUCCAGCUCCUUGAACAUCGAGAGGGACUAACCUAUAAGUCCUACAAAUUUGCUAAGUAA